AUUUCCUAGACUUCGUUCAAGAAGAUCAGUAUCGAAUGAACAAGAUAUUAAUAUCUCAUCGAUGAUAUUUGAGAUGGCGUUACUUCAUGCUAUAAGUGAUUUCAACGAAGAAAAAGAUCAUACUUUGCAAGAUGGUGCCGCACAGAAUCAAAGUGAAGUACUAGAACUUACGCCAAAGCAGUUCAAGACUUUUGUCAAUUUAGUUAAGGGCAUUCCCAUAAAAAAUGUAGCGGAGUUAAACACCACCAAUGCAGUAACCCACGACACACAAAAUGGUAAAGCACAAGAAAACAACCUGAAGAAGCCAUCCAAAAUCAACAGCAUAUUACAAAAAAUAUACCUAAAUGGAAGCAUUCUAAAAAUAGUCAAUGGUAAGUCCUUACUUCACCACCUUCCGCAGAAAGUCACUAUAAAGGAAUCUUCAGGUAAAGAGACCAAGUCGACAAAUGAAAGGCUUGUUCUUGUUGGGAUUUUGGAUGUUGUUAACACAUCACAGGCUAAUAAUAAUGUCGGUGUUACAGUAAAAGCUGUAACGCAAAGUGUACCUCAAACCAUUACGGCCAAGGAAGAAACUGAACCCAAUGAUUCGCCUACCCAGAUGGCAGAGGAGAUUAAUAAUUAUUUGCAGAACGAGUUAUUAGCUAAUAAGACAGCGGAAAUAAUGUCUGCAGCCUCUGUACAUGGACACGAGCACAGGCUCUCAGUGCUUAUGGAAAAACUUGAUAAAAUGGUGGUGAAAGCACCAAGGGAAUUUACAGAAAACAGAAAGAAAGAACUUCAGAUGAGUGAACACAUUUUGCUUCGGAUCCUUAACCUCAGCAGCACUGUACUAAAGGAACUCAAUGGCCAACUGUCUGGAAACCCGUCCCCCAAUGAUAACAAAGCUGAACAAGACAAAUAUUCCUUUGAGGACAAAGAAUUGGCCAUGGCAGAAUCUGAAUGGGAAGAUGCCGACCAAUUAAAUCACUACGUCCAAAUGUUUUAUCAGCUGGAAGAAAACCUUUCCAAUCUGAAGAUAUUUUUGGAAGAUUACAACACUGGGGAGAAGCUCGACAUGGUGGAACGUCUCCUCGAUCAUUCGCUCAGUGUGGUUACUCAGCUGGAACAGAUCCCAUGGCUAAAAGGGAGAAACUCUUAUAUAGACUUUGAACUGGAAGCUUUGAGAGACUUUGCAGGAAUACUGUCUAAUGUGGAAUCGAUCCCACACGACCCAAGAGUUGGAUCGACCUGAGGAGAGCAGCAUUCAGAGAGUUUCAAAUUAAACAAUUGGAGCUGUCUGCAAAAGGCUUUGGCAAUGCAGGAGGUACUUUCAAAAGAAAGUAAUCGCCACUUAAAAGCAAUAAUAGUUUAAAUGUACUUUAAAGUUUAAUACAGUAUAUAUAAAUACACACAAACACACACCCCACACACAGCAUAUUAUAUAUAUAUAGCCACAUAACCUGUCAAAAUAGAACACGUUUGAAACAUUUUCUAUCAUGUCUGAAUAAUUAAAUUAAAAUAGUAAGCUAAAGCAUUAAAAUUCUGGUUGGACA